AUGGCCCGUGCUUACGUUGAUUCCAAUGCCAUCGAAAUUGGAAAAGGAAGUCCAAUGCAUGGCGAAGCUAACAACCCUACCUACUGUUGCCCAUUGGCCGUCGACUUCCUUCUGCCGUCCACGGGUACUAAUGCUUCACUACCCACAGGAGCUCUAAUGUGGGAACAAAAUCUGCCAACAGGGCUGGGCUAUACAUCAGGGAUGGGGAAAUGUGAUGUCUACAAAUCUCAACAGCUUCCGGAACAUUCCGGCCCUGACGGUUCUCUGAGUUGGUCCAUCGGCAACAAAGAAUGA